CUCUUGCAACUUAUUGUUGCCUCCUUGAGCCUCAAAUGCACAGUCUAAACCAGCAGCAGCCGGAAGUUGGACUGGAUGGGCUGGAGGCGUGGUCUGGGCGGUGGGACCCGCUAGGGGCGGGGUCGUAGUCUCGCUGCUCCCCCGUCAGGGCGAGAGGGGGAAGUUCCGCCCAGCAGCCCCGCCUCCCCGAGGACUGCCCCGCCCCCUUCCCGCCCGACGACCGGGGCUGGAGGGCCGACCCCCGGUUGCAAGGCUGGCUGGAGGGCCAUGCCUUUGUCGCUGCGUUCCCCUCUGUUCUUGGACCUGGUCGUGGGCGUGUUGGGUACCGUGUCUUUCCUGUUGGACUUUGCCGCCGACCUGUGGGCUAUCGUCCAGUACGUGCUCGGUGGCCGUUACGUGUGGGCUGCGCUGGUAUUGUCGCUGCUGGGCCUCGCCUCCACGCUGCUGCAGCUCUUCAGCUGGGUCUGGCUGACCUCCGACCCCGCCGAGCUGCACGGGUCGCUGCCCUCGCGUCGUUUCCUGGGGCUGCUGCAUCUGCUGCAGCUCGGCUAUCUGUACAGGUGCCUGCAGGGGCUACAGCAGGGGCUGUCCAUGUUGCAGCAGGAGCUGCCAUCUGAGAGUGACCUAGCCUAUGCAGACUUCCUCUCCCUGGAUAUCAGCAUGCUGCGGCUCUUUGAGAGUUUCUUGGAGGCGACGCCACAGCUCACACUGGUGCUGGCUAUCGUGUUGCAGAGUGGCCAUGCUGAAUACUACCAGUGGUUUGGCAUCAGCACAUCCUUCCUGGGCAUUUCGUGGGCACUACUGGACUACCACCGGGCCUUGCGUACUUGUCUUCCCUCCAAGCCUCCCCUGGGCUGGAGCUCCUCUGCCAUCUACUUCCUGUGGAACCUGCUGCUGUUGUGGCCCCGAAUCUUUGCCGUUGCCCUGUUCUCGGCUCUCUUCCCCCACUAUAUAGCCCUGCAUUUCCUCAGCCUGUGGUUGGUACUGUUGUUCUGGGUCUCGCUUCAAGACACAAAAUUUAUGCCAAACCCCAACACUGAGUGGCUGUACCGGGUGACGGUGGCAAUCAUCCUUUAUUUCUCCUGGUUCAACGUGGCUGGGGGUCGCACCCGAGGCCGGUCCAUCAUCCACCUGAUCUUCAUCAUCAGUGAUAGUAGUCUGCUGGUCAGCACCUGGAUGACACAUAGCAUCGGGCUACCCAGUGGAACCUUCUUGCCAUUGUGGUUGAGUAUAGGAGGAGCCUGCUUCCUCUUGGGACUGACUUUGCGUCUGAUCUACUACCUCUGGCUGCACCCUCAAUGCCGCUGGGAACCCAGCUGCGUAGAUGGGGCCCUAAGUCUUCUUCCUAGGAAACAGCUUAAAUUGCUUUAUAAUAGGCGAGCCACUCAGUUAGCACAGAACUUCUUCCCCAAGAACAAAGCGAGUGCCGCUCUGCCACUGGUUGGAAAGGUGGAAGGAGUUAUUUGAGGCAGGGUUUGACUCAGCCAGCGAGGACAAUGUAAAGAGCUUGGCCUUGGAAAGGCCAAAGGCCAAUCAUAUACAAGCCAUUUUCUCUUCCCUUCUAACCAAUAGAGCUGCUGUUAGCAAAGCCUCACGUUGCCAUUCUCGCCUCUCAGGUAACUGGUGGAGGUAUUCUGUUUCCUGGGUUCCUUGGCCUGCUUUAGAAGGCCCUGGGAUGUUUUCGAGAUGUCUUCCCUACCCCCAUCCACUUCAAUUAACAGAUGCUGAGAGCGCUUUAUGUUCUUGAGCAACGUUCUAAUUGUUGAACUGGCCGCCACCCUAGCUUCUUUCCCCUCCCCACUUGAAAAAUCUGAUCUCAAAGACCAAAGGCCAGCGAUGACCCUGCCAGCCCCUCCAGUGUUGCCAUGCAGCAGUCUCUACUCUGGCUGUUAGGCUACUUUUAAAUCAAGUGCCUUAUGGACCUGUGGCCUGGGCCAUGCACUAUCUAUUGAGUGUUUUUCAUUCUAGCUAGCAUACGUACCUCCUACCUCAGUCUGUGAAUGGAAGAGAACAUGUGCGCACGUGUUUAUCAGUAUUAUUAAAACCACAUGAGAUUCUCCAAACCAGUGUGUACCAGUAAGUACACUCCUCACCUUUCUCUUACAGACAGGUGGCGGGAACCUGGAACCCCUUAAAACUGGUACAGGCCGGGCGUUGGUGGCACAUGCCUUUAAUCCCAGCACUCGGGAGGCAGAGGCAGGCGGAUCUCUGUGAGUUCGAGGCUGGGCUGGACCGACAGCCUCCAAAACAAUACAGAGAAACCCUGUCUCAUAAAACCACAAAAAAAUAAAAAAAAUGGUACAGACCCUUGGAAUAGAGAUGUGGGCUGAGUGAGGUAUGACUUUGUAAUGAGUAUCUAAAUUGUUACAGUAUAAUAAAAACUCAGGAGUCAGAAAUUGAGGUAAAGACCUGAUAAACCCAAGGACAACAGAGAGCCCACUGGCUGACCCUCUCCGCACAUUUCCCCAUAAUUAUCUCCCCAGAAAUCCUCUCUUCUCUCUUCUUGUCCUCUCUAGCAGACCUCUUCAACUCUAUAGCUAAUCCCAGUCAGCCAGUCGCUGACUCCAUCCUAUGAUUCAAGGUGGCUUUACUGGCACAGUAGAAUGGCUAUACCUACAACUCUCCUACAACAUUUCUCCUUUCAGUUGGUAGAGCAUGGGGCUCUUAAUCCCAAGGUCAUGGGUUUGAGCCCCAUGUUUAGCCUUUUUCUGUCCUACCAGCUAGCUCCCCAAAAAGCAACACAGAGACUUAUUAUAAAAGCUUGGGCUUGUCCCACUAGCUCUUAUAACUUAAAUUAACCUGUUUAUAUUAAUGUUUGCCUCAUGGCUUUUUAACUGUAUGUCUGACUCCCUCUGUCUUGGUGUCUCAGGUGCCUAGAUUCAUCUCCUAUUUCCUCUUUGCUGGAAGUCCCACCUAUACCUCCUGACCAGGUGCUGGACAUUCAGCUCUUUAUUAAACCAAUCAGAGCUGUAUAUCUUCACACAGUGUCCAAGUAUCCGACAGCAUGACUUACUCUUGCUUUCCAAGAUACAGUAGCUGAUGAGCUAGAGUGGGUUGCUCAUCUGGCAGGCAGAACUCACAUGUGGGCAGACUCUAGUGCAUUCUAGCAGUUCUGCUACUGGGUCUGAAGAGUAGCGUCUUUAGGACCAGGAGGUGAGUUUGAGGGGCUGGGUGGAAAGUCGAGUACUGGGAGUCCUCCAUGGGUAAGAGGAAGUGACUCCUGGGAUGUGGAUGUUGAUGGUUUUGGGAAGAGGGAGUGUUCUGCUCCGGGAAGUCUGUGAUCUGGUGAAACAGGGAACAGGAAAAAGGUGCCAGAGGCAGAGGAAAAGUUCUCAUUCCCAGUGCUGGGACCCACGAUAGCUCUACCAGUCACUCAUUGGCAUGGGGGUAAAAUAAAGCAUGAUCAAAAUA